AUGGAGAGGAGACUGAACGUGACCCCGGAGGCGCUCAACAGGCUCCUGGAGGAGCACAACAUGACCAGGGAAGAGUUCAUUGCCGCCUACGGCCUCAAACCCCUCGUGUACAUCCCAGAGCUGCCUCCCAGUGCCAAGGUUGUCUUCCUGGUGCUCUACAUCAUCAUCUUCGCACUGGCUCUUCUGGGCAACAGCCUGGUGGUCUACAUCAUAAUCCGGCGGAAAGCCAUGAGAACAGCCACCAAUAUUUUCAUCUGCUCCCUGGCUUGCAGUGACCUGCUGGUCACUUUCUUCUGCAUCCCUUUCACUCUCCUGCAGAACGUCUCCUCAGAAUGGCUAGGUGGCCCCUUUGUGUGCAAGAUGGUCCCCUUCAUUCAGACCACCGCAGUUGUGGCCAGCACCCUUACCAUGACAUGCAUUGCUGUAGAGAGGUACCAAGGAAUAGUUCACCCACUGAAGAUGAAGAGACAGUACACAAACAAGAGAACCUACAAAAUGCUAGGAUUCGUGUGGACGAUUGCAGUCAUUGUUGGGUCGCCCAUGCUGUACGUUCAGACUCUGGAGGUGAAAUAUGACUUUCUCUAUAAUAUUCAUCACGUCUGCUGCCUGGAGUCCUGGCAUAGCAUUGAGCUGCGCCGAGCCUAUGCAAUCUUUAUCCUGGUGGCCCUGUUUCUGGUCCCACUCACUGCCAUGCUGAUGCUCUACUCCCGGAUAGGAUACGAGCUGUGGAUCAAGAAACGGAUUGGAGACUCUUCGGUGCUGAAUGCCCUGAGUCGCCACGAAAUGGCUAAAAUAACAAGCUCUCGCUUUCUGUCUCAAACGGCUUCCUCCAGGAAGAAGAAACGAGCCGUGAUGAUGAUGGUUAUUGUAGUGCUGUUCUUCGCUGCGUGCUGGGCACCUUUUCACGUUGUCCACAUGUUGUUUGAAUACAAUAACCUGGAGGAAAGCUACGAUGACGUCACCGUAAAGAUAAUCUUUGCCAUCGUCCAGGCCGUUGGGUUCUUUAACUCUUUCAACAACCCCGUGGUCUACACUUUUAUGAACGAGAACUUCAAGAAGAGCUUUGUGGCUAUUCUCUUCUGCAGCUUGCGGAGCCCCGAGCCAGCCAACAAGCAGGAGAGCCAGCAGCUGGAAAGGGCCAAAAUGGGACCCUCGAACUGUGGCAUCAGGAAGGAGGGCAGAAGUUUGCACAGCCACCUGAGUGCAGAGAACCUGGAACUGAGACUCUGUGAGCGGGUGCCGUCAGCGAAGCUGGAGUCAGUGCUUUCAGUGGCGGUCGUUACCUACCCCAUGGUGAGCGCCCAUAAGGAGAUACUGCCCAAUGGACAGUCAGCGUGA